AUGGGUGCAGGUCCUCCUAAACUCCCAGAUCCGGCCAUGUCCUCGAAGGUGUGCAGCAAUUGUGGCUUUAUCGCCUAUGCUGUCAUUAUGAUACUGCUUCUGUGCCUUCUGGGCGCCCUGCUUCUGAUUUUACCGCUGACGAUGCUGCUGGCCUCCGAGGGAUGUACUUACUUGGAGUCUGCAAGUGGAGCGGCAAAGACAGACUAUCUGCUCAACAGAUAUAUACAACAGGCAUGGCCUCUAUUACUCAAUCGCACACUGAACAGCUCUUCUGCCGAUGACAACAUUACUCUGUAUCUGUUACUCGAACCCCCACGGGACCUCAUUAAGGCAGCGACCAGGACCUGUCGCAACUCCACAAAUGGAACGCUGGAGGCAGGACAUGUCGGUCUGUUGAACUUGACCGGCUGGCAUACAAUAAUCAAUGUGUCCAAACUGAUCGAAAGUGACACGGUAAACGGGACGAUUCAAAGGGGCCAACAGUAG